AUGGUCCCAGUUACUUACAAUGCCUCUUUAGAUGCCAUCAUUUCCAGCACAACCAACAGUACAAACACUGUGGUGCUGGCUUGGAGAGAAAAACCAAAAAAGCAUCUUCAAAUGACAUCUUUCAACAUUGCCCAGGGCAUUCAUGCUUUUGAUUACCACUCUCGGCUCAAUUUAAUUGCAACUGCUGGCAUUAACAACAAAGUCUGCCUUUGGAACCCCUAUGUGGUCUCUAAGCCAGUUGGUGUUCUCUGGGGUCACUCCGCCAGUGUAAUAGCUGUCCAAUUCUUUGCUGCAAGAAAACAACUUUUCAGCUUCUCCAAAGAUAAAGUUUUGAGACUCUGGGAUAUUCAGCACCAGCUGUCCAUCCAGAGGAUAGCGUGUUCUUUCCCCCAAAGCCAGGACUUCAGAUGCCUCUUCCACUUUGAUGAAGCCCACGGUCGACUUUUCAUCUCAUGUAAUCACCAGCUGGCACUGUUGGCCAUGGAGCGGGAAGCCAGCACGAGGGUGAAAAGCCACAAGAGCGCCGUCACUUGUGUUCUUUACCAUUCGGUCUUGAGGCAGGUAAUCAGCUCUGAUGUGGGGUCAACAGUUUGCUUCUGGAUGAUAGACACUGGGCAGAAAAUCAAACAAUUUACUGGUUGUCAUGGAAAUGCAGAAAUCAGCACUAUGGCCCUUGAUGCAAAUGAGACACGGCUUUUGACUGGCAGCACAGAUGGAACUGUUAAGGUGUGGGAUUUCAAUGGAUAUUGUCACCAUACACUAAAUGUUGGAAAAGAGGGAGUUGUGGAUAUUUCACAGAUCCUGGUUCUUAAGAAGACAAUACUGGUUACAGGCUGGGACAGGGCUAUAACCGUGUUUCGACCUCAGAACUUCAAUCAAUUUUUCAUCCACCCGGAGGAAUGGGAAGGAGGGAUACAGCACCGGGAUGAUAUCAUUUGUGCUGCAUUCUUACCUCCACAAACGCUUGCUACAGGGAGUUAUGAUGGAGAAAUCGUUCUGUGGAACAACAGCACAGGAAAUGCUCACUAUGUCCUUCAUCCCGAUUACCAGAGGCUGCUACAAUCAAAAUCAGAUACUUCUCCUCAAAAGCUCCUCAGUGCUGGGAGGAGCUGCUCCAGCCGCCCCACAGCAGAGCAGGCUACCCUGGGAGCCAGCUCCUAUGAGACUGGCACCGAGUGCGAUAACGCUGUGAUGAGGCUUUGCUUCCUUGAAGCAAGAAAAAACACUGCAGCGACAGGAGGUGCUAACUUGGUGUCAUGUGGAGGAUCUGGGUAUGUCAGACUCUGGGAUACAUUUAAGAAACAACUUCUUGCUGAAUUUUUGGCUCAUAGUGGAGUUGGAUCUAUUAUUAUGGCUACUGAUAAGCUGAAUCAAUACCUCGCCACAGGAGAUCUUAAUGGAUGUUUGAAAAUAUGGAAUAUAGAGGAGUACUGCCUCAAUUCUAGUAAGAGCAGAAUCACACAGGCCCCAACUCUGAUAAGGUCGUUCCAACCUCACGAAGACCAGAUAAGUUCCUUAGAGAUGUGCUCGCCGGGUGGCAGUUCGCUGAUUAUCUCCUGCUCCGUAGACUGCAGCGUUUGUGUGACUGAUGUCUGCGGCGCACCUGUCUACAUCUUCGGUCAGGCAAAGCAUUGGCAACUUGAAAGCUGUUUUUCUUUCCCUAAGAAGGAUAAUAAUUUAAUGGAAAGUGAGAUUCAAGAAGAAAGCAUAAGGGAAACUGCUUCACUUUCUAAUGAGGAAUCAUGCUUAGACCCAACAGAACAUUCUCUACUUGAUAAAAAAGACAAAGAUGAGCCAACAUACAAUGUCGGAUCAUCAGAAGUUAUAAAUUUAGCUAUAAAAUAUAAGGAAAGAAAUAUAUAUAAGAAAAAAACACAUAACCUUUACAGCAGUGAAAUUCUACAAAAGUCAUCCAGUGUAUUUAGGUCAUUAAGCAUCGGAGUCCUGAAAGAGCUACCGGAAGUGAAUAAACCGGCUUUUCUUCUGGACCCUGAGAAAUACUUUAGGGAAGAGCCAGAGGAGGCGUGUCCCCAAACUCCAGAGCCCCCAUCGCUCUCUGAGACUUUGAAAGCUGUAUUUGUUGAGAAAAACCUGUUUCCCAAAGACAUUCUGGAUCGUGAAAGAAGAGCCAAGCAAUUAUGUCAAGAAACAAGUAGUGAAGUGAAUAUAAAAAGAAAUAAGAAGUAUUCGGAAAUAUUUAUGAUUGAAUACAUUGGUAUUCUGAUGUUGGAUUCCUAUGAGAAGCAAAAAGAGCUAAUUACUAGCAAAUUUACAGGCACUGGUACUUUCUUCCAAAUUCUGCUUCUACUUAUUAUAAAAGAAGUGAAAUAA